AUGAUAACACAAAAUAAACAAAGCCUAGUCAAACAUCAAACAAUCUUGGAUCUAUUAUCAACCAAGAUUAUGAGAAAAUACACGCUAAUAUUUUGGUUCUCAUUUGCUGUUAACGCGUUCAUCUAUCACGGAAUCUCCCUGAAUGUGCAGCAAAUCGGGGGCAAUCUGUAUGUCAACUUUGCCAUAGCUGGCCUAGUUGAAAUACCAUCCAUACUAUUAAACCUGGUAGGCUUGAGAUACGUGGGCCGCAAAUGGUUUACCGUGUGGACAAUGUUGGCCGCAUCCCUGUCCUAUCUGGCCAUUGUAUUGGUGGGCGCGUACACUACUAGCGAUAACCCUAAAUACGAGAUGGUAAAAUUGGUGUUGGCAAUGGUGGGCAAGCUGUUUAUUUUCAGCUCGUUUAACGUGAUUUACAUACAUUCGGGUGAAAUAUUUCCCACCGUUUUGAGACACACGGGUAUUGGCAGCUGUACUAUAGCCGCUAGGAUUGGCUCAAUACUGGCGCCAUUUGUUAAGGAAAUGAGUGAAUAUUACAAUUUUACCAUAUCGAUGUUGGUGUUUGGUUUGCUGGCGUUUAUGGCAACGCUGUUCACCCUAUUUCUUCCCGAGACAAAGGACAAGGAUAUACCGGACAGUGUGCGCGAUGUCAACCGUAUUGAUAUAUCUAAAUCUAAUACAGAACAGUCAACUUUAUUGGACAAAUAA